AUGAGAGAACUAAAAUACCAUGAGAAGAAGCUCUUACGAAAAGUUGAUCUGUAUUCCUGGAAGAAAGAAGACAACCUUCAUGUUGCCAAAAUCAUGCGUCGCUAUCACAUCCAAAACCGUGAAGAUUACACUGCAUAUUCCAGGAUAUGUGGAAUAGUUACCAAACUUUCAGCGAAAAUAAAGACGCUGAAGAGUGACGAUCCAUUCCGAAUUGCAUUGACGGACCAACUUUUGACGAAGCUAUCCGACAUGGGGUUGAUCAACCAAGUAAAAUCAUUGAAGCAAGCUGAAGACUUGACCGCUUCUGUUCUUUGUCGACGACGACUACCUGUCAUUAUGGUUCGUCUAAAAAUGGCAGAGACCUUGAGGACAGCUGUAACAUUUGUGGAACAAGGUCAAGUCCGAGUUGGUCCUCAUGUGGUCACAGACCCAGCUUUUCUCGUUACCAAGGCGAUGGAAGAUUAUGUCACUUGGGUCGACACAUCCAAAGUUCGACGAACGGUUCAGAAAUACAAUGACAAGCUUGAUGACUUUGAUCUUUUGUAA